GCAGCUCCUGGACACCUGUUACCAUGUGGUUCCUGAUCCUGUUCCUAGCCCUGUCCCUAGGAGGGAUUGAUGCUGCACCUCCUGUCCAGUCUCGAAUUGUUGGAGGGUUUAACUGUGAGAAGAAUUCCCAGCCCUGGCAUGUGGCUGUGUACGACUUAGAUGAAUACAUAUGUGGGGGUGUCCUGUUGGACCCCAACUGGGUUCUCACAGCUGCCCACUGCUAUGAAGACAAGUAUAAUGUUUGGCUGGGCAAAAACAAGCUAUUCGAAGAUGAACCCUCUGCUCAGCACCGAUUGGUCAGCAAAAGCUUCCCUCAUCCUGGCUUCAACAUGAGCCUCCUGACCCUUGACAAGAUACCUCCUGGGGCAGACUUAAGCAAUGACCUGAUGCUGCUCCACCUCAGCAAGCCUGCUGACAUCACAGAUGUUGUGAAGCCCAUCGACCUGCCCACUGAGGAGCCCAAGCUAGGCAGCACAUGCAAAGCCUCAGGCUGGGGCAGCAUUAAACCGUUAAUAUACCAAAACCCAAAUGAUCUCCAGUGUGUGUCCAUCAAGCUCCAGCCUAAUGAGGACUGUGUGAAAGCUUAUAUAAUGAAGGUGACAGAUGUCAUGCUGUGUGCAGGAGAGAUGAAUGGAGGCAAAGACACUUGUAAGGGUGACUCAGGAGGCCCACUGAUCUGUGAUGGUGUUCUACAAGGUAUCACAUCAUGGGGCUCUACCCCAUGUGGUGAACCCAAUGCGCCGGCCAUCUACACCAAACUUAUUAAGUUUACCUCUUGGAUAAAAGACACUAUGGCAAAAAAACCCUGAGUGUCACAUUAUCUGCUGUUCUCAAUAAAAUAUACCAUGCAACA